AUGUUCAAUAAGUUUCUAUACCACUACAACAGUCAAUAUCAUCGCGGGGCUGUCCUCUCUUUUGCAAUUGAGUACAAAAAUACCUCCCAGAUAACAAGUCUAUUAGAUGAUCUCCGAGCUACCCGUAAUGAGGCGCAUUCACUAUCUCUUUACCCAAAUGCACGGGAAAGCGAAGAAGACGAGGAGGAAUGCCCCGACAACCAUGGUGCCAUUCUACACCCCUACUGGACAGACAGAUAUCCUCACCCACCCCUCUAUCAUCAGGCCUACAGCACCCAGGGCAUUGUGAACAUCCAACGCGCCCUACUCGCCGCCAUUGGCCGCAGAAACGUUGGCAUCUUAAGUUUCCCGCUAGAGCUCAGGGAGCGGGUUGACUUUUGUCACGGGAUUGUCGCGUUCAGGGUCUAUUGCUAG